AUGCGCGGCAUCGCCGACGCCGCGGAGCUCAUGUUGGGCCGUAGCGGGAAGGAGAUGGUUGGCUUCAUCUACUACAUCUACCUGGCCAUGACGGCCGGAGCCGGCAUUCUGACCACGUCAGUCGCUCUGAACGCGCUGUCGGAUCACGCAAUCUGCACUACGCUCUUCGUCUCGGUACCGCUCGCUCUGGCCUUCCUCAUCGGCAUCUGGUUUCGGGGCCUUGAAGAGAUGGCUUGGAUCAGCCGGGCUAGUGUCGGGUCGAUCCUGACCUCCGUCUGCGUCGUGGCCUUCGCCGUGCUGACCAAGGACCGACCCGCUGCCGCCCCGUCGACGGGUUCGAUCGAUCUGAACAUGCAUGCCACGCCCAAUCGCACUCUUUCUGAAGCCAUGACGGCCAUCUCGAUCCAGCUCUUUGCCGUCGGCGCAUCGGGGGCCUUCUUCUCCGUAUCCGCCGAGAUGGAGGACUCGCGCCAGUUCACGCGCUCCCUACUUCUAGGCCAGACAUUCAUCGUCGCAACCUGCAUCGUGACCGCCAGCAUCGUCUACGGAAAGGUCGGUCAGUGCAUUGCCAAUCCGGCGUUGGGAUCCGCCGGGACCCUCAUCAAGAAGGUGUCGCACGGUAUUGCACUUCUCGGUCUUGUAGUCACGGCCAUUCUCUACAGUCACAUUGCCGCCAAGUACAUCCUUGUCCGCAUUUGGCGAGGCACGGCGGACCUGCAGUCCAACACGGUGCAGCGCUGGACCGUCUGGGUAGGUGCUGUGACGGCGGCGGUAGUCUUUGGCUUCAUCAUUGUCGGUGUAGUCCCCUUUCUUGGCGACUUCCUCAGUCUGGUCGGCGCCCUCGUCAAGCCUGUAUUGACCAACGUCAUCCCUGGCUUCACGAUCCUGCUCUUCUUGGCCAGAGGUCCGGUCAAGGCUGCUCGAGACCCAACCGCAUCCAGGGGCACGGAGAACACGGAGCCGCAGGCCAACUUCGUCAUGGCGUCAUUCCAAGUUUACAGGGAGGGAUGGAAGAGGGCCGCCGCUCACCCUGUUGCCUGCUUCAUGCUCCUCGCCGGCUUGCUCAUCAUCAUCGGCGGGACGUACGCCACAGUGCUGAGCAUCAAAAGGUCGUAUGGCAAUGGAGAGGUCGGCGGAGUUUUCCCGUGCGCUGACGACUCUCUCGGCUGA